AUGCUUUCGUUAUUUUUUCUUUCUUUCUUUUCAACACUUCAUUUAAACAAUGCUUUCUUUGUUUCUUUUUCCUCCUCACUUGAACAAUGCUUUCUUUCUUUCUUUCUUUCUUUCUUUUCAACUUCUCAUUUAAACAAUGCUUUCUUUAUUUACUUCUUUUUCGUUCAUCAUAUACAUUGCCCUUUCUUUCGUUCUUUUCCGUUCAUCAUAUCUUUUCAUCUUUUCCGUUCAUCAUAUCGUUCAUCUUUUCUUUCUUUCUUUCUUUCUUUCUUUCUUUCUUUCUUUCUCGUUCAUUAUAUAUACAACCCUUUUUCUUUAUUUCUCUUUUUAUUUCUUUUUAACUCAUCAUUUACACAAUUCUUUCUUUCUUUUUUUCUUUCUUUCUUUCUUUUUUUCUUUCUUUCAUAUUUUUUAAAGUAUUAUUUAUCUUCUUUUCACCUUCCUCCUUGUUUUUCUUAUAAUCUGCCUCACCAAUUCAUCUCUCCUUUUUUUCUCUAA